GCGCCCUUUUCCGGCGAAUAUGGAGAUACGUGACGAAGGUAUAUGAGAUCGGAGCAAAACCGCGGAGAAAUCGUACCGGAAGUGCUGUUUAGAAUCGAUAAGUGUGAAAUCGGACAAAGUACAUCAAUCAUCGAAAGAUUUUCCAGAGACUCAUUUGAAUAAUCCAGAGCGACGACUGACAAUCAGCUAUAUGUAAAUAUGAUGGAAUCGAACGGACAGCUGGAUUGAAGAGAAUGAACAUUAAUUCCUAAUUUUUCACUCGCUUUAUAUGCGCGUGAUAUCUUUGGAAGAUCGACAAACAUGAAUAUCAAGAUCUCAAAGAAGUCUUUCACACGUCAUACCUUCAAAACAUUAGGAAGCGUGAGGAAGUGCCUCCAAUCACCUUGACCUCCGGCGCACCAGCUGACUCCACGUGCCUCGAUGAAGGUUCCUACAGCGAACUCUUCCAUGGCGCCGUUUCCGGCGACUAAGGAAUCACCAAGACCACCGAUCACAUCGAUGUCGCCCGGUCUCAAUCGAUGAACGUUGUCUGGUAUCGUCAAGGACCUGGGCGAGGAAUAAGAGAAAAGGAGACUCGCUGAAAUACGAGGAAAUUUGAACCGGUUUGAACGAGACAAGCAGAAUAAUCCCGGCAAAGGAUUAAUAAGAUGCAUCUCUCGGUCUCUGUCGGAGAUUCUUCCUGCGCAGUACCCGAAUUCUUAGCCGAGGAUGCUUCGAGGGUGAGAAGAACGUGCUUUAACAUUUAGGAGACUUCUAUUUUCGGCAGCGGUGCGCCUCUUGUCAAGCAUCGAUCGUCGUUUUUUUCCAAGUAGAAGAAGGAACAAGACUCAGAGAGGACACGUGGACGAGGACCCGGAGGCCGGGCGACGAGCGACUCGAAUUCCGCGCCGAUUUGACAGGCGGUCACGUGACCGCGGGACCGGCUGAUCGCGCAGACAGGCGCGCCGAGAUUAUAAAUAGCGGUGCGCGACGCGCGCGAGCCUCUUUCACUUCCCGCUACGCGCCGUGGCGCGUUCGUCCGUUCCCGUCGUUCCCGAUCAUUACGCGGUGUGCCGUGUGCUUGUGUAGAGCUCGCUCGCUCGACCCGAUCUUGCUCUCCAUCUCGCGCAUGCCGUCGCGUCUCGCCUGAAACACAGACAGAAGAGAGGAUCCUCGAGUCUCCCGCCGUGAGGAAGCGACUACCCAGGGUAUCGCUCCAACCACAACGGUGAAAUCCGCCAAGUGCGAAAGAGGAAAGAGAGAAGGCACGUGGGGAAGAAGUACUCCGUGGAAGGCGGCUAAACGAGGAGGACCAGAGAAGCUCGACGGUCUGUGUCUGCUCGAUAUCUACGGGGAUUCUUCCUAUCUUUCUUUGUUGAGCGGCGAGGAUCGGCUACGACACGACGACGACAACGGCGGCGACAACCCCGAAACGCAGGAAAAUGCCGGAGACCGCGCAUCACAUGAACGGUUACGCGAAUGGCCACGCGCCGCCCGAGCUGCAGCAGGACACCACUUUCCUCUUCACCUCGGAGUCGGUUGGCGAGGGACACCCAGACAAAAUGUGCGAUCAAAUAAGCGAUGCCAUUUUGGAUGCACACCUGAAGCAAGAUCCCGAUGCUAAAGUAGCAUGCGAAACCGUAACGAAAACUGGAAUGAUACUUUUGUGCGGGGAAAUAACGUCGAAAGCUGUAGUGGAUUAUCAAAAGAUCGUUCGAGACACAGUAAAGCACAUUGGCUACGACGAUUCUUCGAAAGGUUUUGACUACAAGCUGUGCAAUGUUCUGUUGGCGCUCGAUGCUCAAUCACCAAAUAUCGCGGCAGGCGUUCAUGAAAACCGUAGCGACGAGGAAGUGGGAGCAGGAGAUCAGGGUCUAAUGUUUGGAUACGCAACCGAUGAAACUGAUGAAUGUAUGCCAUUGACGGUCGUGUUGGCGCACAAAUUGAAUCAGAAAAUCGCCGAAUUAAGACGAAGCGGUGAAUUAUGGUGGGCUCGUCCAGAUUCCAAAACACAGGUGACCUGCGAGUACAUCAUGGAUCAUGGGGCUUGUGUACCUAUAAGAGUUCAUACUGUUGUGGUAUCGCUGCAACAUAGCGAAAAAAUCGGUCUAGACGAGCUACGCAAAGCGAUCAUGGAGAAAGUCAUCAAAGAAGUGAUACCAGCGAGAUAUUUGGACGACAGAACAAUCUUUCAUGUCAAUCCAUGUGGGCUGUUCAUUAUUGGUGGACCACAGAGCGAUGCUGGUCUCACAGGACGAAAGAUCAUUGUAGACACAUAUGGUGGCUGGGGAGCGCACGGUGGUGGCGCUUUUUCUGGUAAAGAUUUUACAAAGGUAGACAGAUCAGCUGCAUAUGCCGCAAGAUGGGUAGCAAAGUCUUUGGUAAAAGCCGGUCUCUGCAGGCGCUGUCUUGUACAGGUCUCCUAUGCCAUUGGAGUAGCAGAACCGUUAUCAAUAACAGUAUUCGAUUAUGGUACAUCCACACUCUCCCAGAACGAGCUCUUAGAUAUAGUGAACAAAAACUUUGAUCUUCGACCCGGAAAGAUUGUCAAGGAGCUGAAUCUUCGCAAUCCUAUUUACCAACAAACCAGUACAUAUGGUCAUUUUGGACGCGAUGGUUUCACAUGGGAGCAACCAAAAAAAUUGAUUCUCGAUUGAUGAGAGAGUAAGUUUUAAGUUGGCUUCGGCGUUUUUCGAUUAAUUAGACAUCCGAUAAAACGUCUGUUUUCUCUAUCUCUUCCUCUAUCUAUCUUUCUCUCUCUCUCUCUCUCAGUAACCGUGUUAUAUCAAAUGACAAAAAUAUCGCCCGAGACCUUUUUUGGAGAUUUUCUUCGAUCUCCGUGCCGCAACUACCACCAAGUCCACCGAUUUCUCAAUGCCAAUAUAUUAGCAGUAACGAGGACUGGAGGCGGGAGGGGAGGGAGAUUCUUUUUCUAGCUCUUUUUUUCGUGGAGAGUAUACCGAAUUAUUGUAUACAUAUAUAUUAUUAUGAUGACAGACAUAUAGUACAAAUCUCUCGUUCGUAAUCCGACACACGGAUAUGGACGGUCAUUUCUUCCUUCACUUUUCGCGGAAUUGGUUCUUCGGGUGAUUAAUGCCUCUCAAUAACACGGUUAAACAACCAUCUAGGUACAAUAAAUGCAUCGCGCGGGAAAAAGGGGUAAACCGAAUCUAUCACGGAGCCUCGUAUUGUUGUAAGCCCAUGUUCAUGCCCUAAAAGCUUCUUUCUUUAACGUUCGAUUAGAUAAUUCAAUCUGGCAUAACCAGAUCGUGGUUUUAUCGUUGAUGCAGGAAGCAAAAAAAAAGAAAAAGAAAAACCUACUAUAGCAAAUAACUUCCCAUCUGCAAAAAAUGUAUAAACAGGCGCUACAUCGAUACGAAUUUUCAGAUUUAAAAAAUGCAAUUGCAAUUCUAUAGGUUUUUAGCACGGUACUAGUAGUCGCUCAUACGUACGCGAAAGUUCGAUGCUCCGAUUUAUUCAUAAUCUAAUUUUUAAAUGCAUGAAAAAUCAGAUCUCGAUACGUUAGCGUUUUUAUUUUAUUUCAACGUUUAGCGCUAUAUAUACAUAUGAUCGAUCUUUCGUGUAUGUAUCUUCAUUAGAAUCAUUACAAUCGUUAAAGCGGGGAAAAUGUUGGAAAAUAUAAAAAUGACGACAAUGACGUGUCCUUGGUAUAUGUAGCAAAGCAGGAAAUGACGCUUGUGUAUCAUAUAUGUUUGGGAGUUUCACGGAAUAGUUGCGACAUAAUAUUACCGGAUUGAUCAGUAAAUCGUCGGUGAGAAAAAUCAUUGUUAAAACAUUUUAGACAUGUAUUUAUAAAGAUUCAUCAAGCUAAUUAUAAUCAGCGUCGUUCUUCGUUCUCUAGGAAUUAGAUUUCGCUGAUUUAUAGUGCGUGCGAAUAUACGAUAAAGAGAACACAUUUGCUUCACAAAAAAAUAUCAUGUGGUCAUUUCCCCCUUUGCUAUUUCAGUUUUAACUAAGUAGAAUAAUUAGCGACAAAUAUUAAAAGAAAAAAAUCUAAUCCUGGUAGAGAUCCAGCACAGAUAUGGUGCGACGGAGCUCGAAAAUGUAGAAUUUUUAAUUGUUUUUGGUACCGAUACAAUUUGUCUGACAUAUUAUCGAAGAUUUUAAUGGGAAACAAAUAUAGAGAAAUUGUAUAAAGAUUUAGUCUCUGUCAGAAUUGAUGUGUGCGAUUUGCGACGUAAAUUAUAAUAUCGGCAAUAUAUAUAUAUAUAUUACAUAUGUAAUAGUGCACAAAAAUCGUAAAACAAAGACACGUAAUAAAACGGAUUUUUUAAUAAAAAAUAUUACUGUCAUUAA